GUGAUUACUGGUGUUUCCAAGCAGAACUUUGGACUGUUGCCAAUAUGACGAUCAGGCGGAAUUCUACUGCAGCUCUCAUUUUCCUUGGAUGUUCUGGAUUGAUUGUCCUCUGGUGCAUUACAAGUAAAAGAGACGUAAGUGCUCUGAAAUACGCCAAGCAAGAAGUUGUGUUAACGGAUGGAGGGGAGAAUGCUUAUCAGCGAUCAAGACUUACAGGCAACGGAUCAGCAGGAUUGAACGAUAUCAAAGCAUUGGGUGCCUCAAGUAAUCACGAAGCUACAUUACCAAUUCAUCAAAAAGCCGAGUCACAAAGCGAGGAGGAAUUGUAUGACGUCGAAGCCGAACAGAUUAAGAGAAAGGAACAUCUUGAAGAAGCAUGCAACCGUCUUGGGAUGAGCCGGACCCCUCCGCCCGUUUCUUGGGAGAACACCGUGCAUUUCAUUGCGAGUGACAAGUUCAAACUCAUCUUCUGUUUCGUACCCAAGAUCUCCUGCACGACGUGGAAAGAAGUCAUGGCGAAGCUCUAUCAAGCAGACCGAGAUCCUUUGCAAAAAGCACCCAAAAUAGCCAGUAGGAAAUGGAGGUUUCUGAAGUUGAAUGAUAUCCAAAAUGCCGAAAAGGUCAAGCAGCGGUGGAAUACAUACGCCAAAGUCAUGUUUACUCGGGAGCCCCUAGAGAGGGUGCUUUCAGCUUAUCUUGAUAAAUUUGUGUAUGGAAACGAGCACUGGGACCGACAAUACGGACCUACUAUUGUAAAACGAUAUCGGGAUCAGCAAAUAUCAAAGGUGAACUUCCCACUCAAAGAGAAAAUACGAUUUGACGAAUUUAUCCGAUUCAUUACGGAUAACGGUCCGAAUGCUCAAAUUACACAACAGACAGAUCACUGGUUGCCGGCUAGCCGGAUAACGUCACCUUGUCAAUUCAAGUAUGACUUUAUCGGACAUUAUGAGACGCUGAACUAUGAUGCACCUUACGUCAUAAAACAAUUCAAUCUAUCUCGAUACGUGACCUUUCCGGAAGUUCAUAGUUCUAGGUCACAUGAAAAGCUAAUCAAUGCAUAUAAUGAUGUACCACGUGACCUGAUAUAUCGUCUUAUUGAUUAUUAUAAAACAGACUAUGAGUUAUUUGGCUACUCUGCCAAUACGACGCUAGAUAUUAUAUUUAAUGGAAGAAACUGAGGAGAGGGAAGGUAGUGCGGCCAGUUUUAAGGCUUUUUAUGUAUCAUUUACUGUAAAUUUUAUAAGCGCAAUUUGCUUGAAAGUUUUUUAAUCAUCAGCUUUGUACCCAAUUACAGAGUGAAGUUUGAUAAUCGCCUUGUUUAUUUUUCUUUCACAUGUUAAAAAAAAAAAACAGUCAACAAUUGAUAUAUAUGUUG